AUGUCGUCGCUACGAAACAGCGUUCAGCGCCGCUCCCAUAAGGAGCGUGCCCAGCCCCUCGAGCGUCAACGUCUCGGUCUCCUCGAAAAGAAGAAGGAUUACCAAAAGCGUGCCAAGGACUACAAGAAGAAGCAGGAGGUGCUCAAGUCUCUGCGCCAGAAGGUCGCCGAGAAGAACGAGGAUGAAUUCUACUUCGGCAUGAUGUCCCGCAAGGGACCCGGUCAGGCCAUCACCCGCGAGGGCAAGAAGAAGAACUUUACCGGCACGGUCGAGGGCGAUCGCGGCAACAAGGCCAUGGACGUGGAGACGGUGCGCCUGCUCAAGACACAGGAUCUGGGUUACCUACGGACGAUGCGCAACGUGACUGCCAAGGAGGUGCGCGAGCUGAUGGAGAGGGUCAUUCUUGCCGGUGGCGCCGACAUGGACGACGAUAGCGACGACGACGAAGACGAUUUCGAUGACUUCGAUGAGGACAUGGGCGGCAGCAGCAAGAACAAGAAGAAGAGCUCGAGCGGGAGGACAGUACCCAAGAAGAUUGUCUUCUUCGAUGCGCCCGAGGAACGCAAGCAAAAACUACAAGCAGUGGACGACCAAGAGAUGGCAGAUUUCGAUUCGGAAGAGGACGAGGAAAAGGCAAAGGAGCAGGAUCGGAAAGCGCGAAACCUGGCGAGACUGCAAAACAGGCUCAAGCAGGCCAAGAAGAAGCUCAAGGCCCUAACGGAUGCUGAGACGGAGCUGGAGAUCACACAAGCCAAGAUGGCCAAGACACGGACGUCUGGCGGCAUCACAAAAACCGGCAGGAGGAUCAAGGUCAAGGAGAGAAAGAGGUAA